AUGUCGACAACGACGACGGCCACACCCGACGCAGGGGGUCCGCGGGACAUCACACCGGACCGGAAGAAAGCGUGGGAGUCGUCGUCGGACUUUGCCAACUACUUUUGCACGUAUGCGUUCAUUUACCACCAGAAGCAGAUGCUCUCGGACGACCUGCGCAUGCAGAGCUACCGCGACGCGAUCUUCCUCAACCCGAGCCAUUUCAAGGACAAAGUCGUGCUGGACGUGGGCACGGGCAGCGGGAUCUUGGCCAUCUGGGCGGCCCAAGCAGGCGCCCGCCGCGUCUUUGCCGUCGAAGCGACCGACAUUGCCGUGCAGGCGCGCAAAGUGAUCAAAGCCAACAGUCUCGACCACGUCGUGACGGUCAUUCAGUCCAAGAUGGAGGACGUGGAGCUCCCCGAGCCAGUGGACGUCAUCAUCUCCGAGUGGAUGGGCUACUUCCUCCUGCGCGAGUCCAUGUUCGACUCGGUCCUCGUCGCCCGUGACCGGUGGCUCAAGUCGGACGGCGCCAUGUUCCCGUCGCACGCGAGCAUGUCGAUCGCUCCCAUGUGCAACGAAGACAACAGCAACAAGCGCUUCAGUGAGUUCUCGUCCGCUAUGGACGGCUGGCGCAGCUUCGUGGACAAUACCAAGAACGCCUGGGGCGUCGACAUGAGCGUGCUCGGCAACGCCUUCCGCAAGGAACAGGAGCAGUACUCGCUGCACACGUCGUCGUGGGAGGAGCUCAGUGCCGGGGACCUCAUUGGCGACGAGGUGGAGUUUGCCACGUGGGACCUCAAGACCUGCACGCUCGACGACAUCAAGGAAGUGAAGGCGUCGUUCGCCCUGCCGAUCACCGCCAUGGCGCGCUUUGGCGGCAUUGCCGGCUGGUUCGACGUGGACUUUCGAGGCUGCGUGGAGCACCCUGCAGAGAAGAUCGUGACGCUCACGACGUCGCCCUUUGUGCAGCCCACGCACUGGGGACAGCAGGUGUUCCCGCUCUACCCGCCAGUUCAGGUGUGCGAAGGCGAUGCGGUCGUGGGCGACAUUACCGUCCGGCGUCGCACGGACAAUCAGCGGCUCAUGAACGUCAAGUUCGACUUCCGUGUCGAGCGGCCGGACGAGGCGGACGAGCGCUCGGCGGGGCCGCUCAACUCGGCCGUCUUCCAGAUCGAAUAA